GGAAACUUCAGUAUACAGCUGGGAGGCCGGAGCUAGCCGCUUUUGUGCACCGUUUUAUAAAGUCCUAGGACCAUAAAACUAAAUAAAUAUUAAAAAAGAUGAAGCCAAACAUAAGAUUUCACGUCUUCUUCGACUCCCUAUUUAAAUUUUUUCAAUUGUGACGCACAAUUUUGUAAAAUCGUUGUAAAUUAUUUUAAUAUUUUAAUAGAGUUACCGAAUAAUUAGCGUCUUAAGUGUAACCAAAUAAUAUAUUAGCGCUAAGUAAACAUCAAAUAUUUUUAUAUGAAUGUGAUAUCUGUGAAUUGUUAAAGUAAAAUUUCGUUCGGGUACUUCGUAGAAACCAAAAGCAUAGCUUACUGUUAUAGCUUUAGUCGCAAGUAGGUGCUAGUCAAUGUUGUAAAAUAAGGAAAUCAAUUAUUAAUAAACGAUGGAGCCGUAUUCUGACGAUUUACUGUGGUUGGUCGUUUGUGGGUUCGUGGUGGCUUUUAUUUUGGCGUUUGGAAUCGGCGCGAACGACGUCGCCAACUCUUUCGGGACCAGCGUGGGCUCGAAGGUGCUGACUCUCACGCAGGCCUGCAUACUCGCUACGAUAUUUGAAAUCGCCGGAGCCGUUCUCAUUGGGUACAAGGUGUCGGACACGAUGCGGAAGGGCAUCCUGGACGUGUCGCUGUAUGCGGACGGCGGGGAGCGGCUGCUGGCUGCGGGGUGUCUGGCAGCGCUCAUCGCGGGGGCGGCCUGGCUGAUCGUGGCGACGGCGUUACGGCUCCCCGUGUCCGGCACACACAGCGUCGUCGGCGCGACCGUCGGGUUCACGCUGACGGCUAAAGGCCCCGUUGGUGUGAGAUGGUCGACGCUGGGCGCGAUUGUGCUCUCAUGGUUCAUCUCGCCGGUGCUAAGCGGAGCGGUGUCGGCGUUCAUUUUCUGGCUGGUCCGAAGAUACAUUCUGCGCGCCGUUCAGCCUCUGACCGCUGGAUUGACAGCGCUUCCGUUCUUCUACGGGUUCACCAUAGCUGUUAACAUCCUUAGCAUCGUUCUGGAUGGACCAAAGUUGCUGGGUAUGGAUAAAAUACCCGUCUGGUUGUCGCUGGCGGGAUCCUGUAUUUUGGGUGUGGUGUCAGCUAUUCUAGUCAGAUUAUUCCUAGUGCCAUACUUCCACCGUCGCCUUGCACCACCUCCAGUCAAUUUCACUUUAGGGGUUUCCAAUGAAACAACUCCAGCUAACACACCAACACACGCCAAAGCUAUCCCUCAACGUCCGACGUCACUCCUAUCAGAGGACGGCAAGCUACUGGAGGCAAUAUCGGAGAGCGCUGAAAUGGUCACUUUGAGCGACGCAGACAAGUGUUCCGUUGGCGUCAAAGAAAUGAACGCGAGAAAUAGAGCGAUCCUAGCCACAAUGGACGACUGCAGCAUACUAUCGAGGAGUCUCAGCCCACCCAACAAAUCUAGACUGCAGUUGAUAGACGCAGACCCACAGAUAAACACUCUGAAGUACAUAGAUGAGACUUUGAGCUGCUGCAAGAGUUUAGACUCGACGCAGUUGGUCGGCAUGGGGGAGAGUUACGAUUCAAGGAAUGGUUUUCUGGGAGAUUCCUGUGAUACGAUAGCUCGAGGUGAUAUCUGUCGGUUGACGGGACUGAUGCCGUUGUCUGCCGCCGUGGAGUUCGAUACACCAGUUUCAAAAAUCGAAAAGCACCCCGAAGGCAGCGCUUGGAGUAUAGAGUGCGACGGCAUGAACGGCCGACUGCCCGCCAUCACGCCCAACUCGAGCGCCGCGCCGCUACUCCGUGCGGCGACGUCGCCCCCGCCCGCACCGCAGCCCCCACCUCCUGAUACGCUACGGCUGUUCUCCUUUCUCCAAGUGCUGACGGCGACGUUUGGUGCCUUCGCCCAUGGAGGCAACGAUGUUAGCAACGCCAUAGGUCCACUGGUCGCGCUAUGGCUGCUAUACUCGGAGGGCGGGGCGCACGCGCGCGCGGAGACCCCGCUAGCUAUACUCGUGUUCGGCGGAGUGGGCAUCGCGCUAGGUCUGUGGUUAUGGGGCCGCCGCGUCAUACGCACUGUGGGGGAGGAUCUCACCAGCAUCACUCCUGACACCGGGUUUACGAUCGAGCUGGGCGCGGCUCUGACGGUGCUAGUGGCCAGCAAGGCCGGCCUGCCCAUCUCCACUACACACUGUAAGGUCGGCUCCGUCGUCUGCGUCGGAUACUUCUCGCAAAAGUCUGUUGAUUGGAGCUUAUUUAGAAAUAUAAUAUACGCAUGGGUGGUGACAGUGCCAGCCGUGGCCGCCAUAGCAGCUCUCGCCAUGCUGACACUAGAAGCCUUUGUUGUUUAAACUAAGUGCAACCUUUUGAUAGGGCUAUUUCAAGGCCGCGUAGAGCUUUAAAACGCUCGACGAAACAAUAACUGCCUACCAAUAACAUUUGAGACUGAUCGGGAUCUGCCAAUAACGACCCGUCUGAUCACUGAUCUACCAAUAGCAAAUCUGCAUGUGCGCACCCACCCCGCUCACUCCUCGUCCCACCAAAGAGACCUAUCUUUUGCUAAACGACCUUUAAAGUAAUGUGCGGCCUAUAACAGUGGCGGAUUUCACAUAAAAUUCCUCCUUUCGAUUAUGCAAACUAAACAUUCUUUCAGCCUAUAAUAUUUUUGUAAUAGCCCUAUCAAUAUAUUUAUUUAGGUUUGUAAGACUAGUCGAUACUCAAUACUGAUGCAAGUCGCAUAGGUCAGAACUCAGAACUCAGCUAAAGAUGUGAUUCGUCAAUUGUAUGUUAUGAAAACUUGUUGGAUACAUGAAUUGAUUAGUUAUAAUAUAAUAUUAAAAGCAUGGCCAGAAAAUAAAAACCUGAAUGUAUAUCGUAAUACUUCAAACUCUGUCUGAAAAUGUCCAAUAAGGUUCACAUCUUUAUCAAAAAAAAAAAAAUGUUUCAUGAUAGUUAAAGAUGUCGAUUUGCAGGUAAAUUUUGGACCAACGUGAUUUAGUCGGGUUAGGCCCAGCAAAAUCUAUCACAACUAUAGUCUGUCAAGAAAGCGAAGAAAUUAAAAAAGUGGC